CUUCCUUGCUUGCCAGGCACAGCCUCCCGCCGCCGCCCCCCUCUCUCUUUUGACUUGUAUGCACCGGGAACGUGCGCUGUGCACGAGUAUGAGAGGCUGCACUGAUUAGCUAACGCGUACAAGCAGUUGUAAAGCGAGAGAGAUACGUUAGAGAAGAGAAGGAUUUUAUUAGGAUUUUUUUUUAAGGGAAGAGGACAGGACUGCCCAGCGUUGCUUUGCUCAGAAGCAUGGGAUUUAAGUGAAAAUGCCAAACAGCUGAAAAGGAUUUUUAACCGUUUUAAUUCGAAAUCUGUUGGGAUUUUACAUAGGACUUGUUCUGUCUGUAUUUGUAAGAAGGCAAGCGCGCCCCCGACACCCGAAAAGAGCUGCUCGCGGGAGCGCGCAUGAGUGGAUAUACGCAGCUGAGGGGAGUUGUAAUGUCUUGAAGCAGUUUCCUGGUGCCCUUUCGAAGGAUGUGCUGCGUUUGCUGAUGGGAACUGCUGCUCCAAUAUGAAUGUGCAUGAUGUUGGGGGGAGACGACGCUUUGAGGACUCAGAGUUCACCCUGCGGAUCUACCCCGGGACCAUAGCUGAGGGCACCAUCUACUGCCCCGUGUCGGCCCGCAAGAGCACUACGGCCGCAGAGGUCAUAGACCACCUCAUAAAUAAGCUCCAACUGGACAAGACAAAAUGCUAUGUGCUGGCGGAGGUCAAGGAGUUUGGAGGGGAGGAAUGGAUCCUCAACCCCACGGACUGCCCGGUCCAGCGUAUGAUGCUGUGGCCCCGGAUGGCGCUGGAGAACCGCUUCAGCGGGGAGGACUACCGGUUCCUGCUGCGCGAGAAGAACCUGGACGGUUCCAUCCAUUACGGCAACCUGCAGAUGUGGCUGCGAGUCACUGAGGAACGGCGGAGGAUGGUGGAGAGGGGCUUCCUCCCUCAGCCCCAACAGAAGGACUACGACGAUCUCUGCAACCUUCCCGACCUCAACGAGAAGACCCUCCUGGACAACUUGCGCAGCCGCUUCAAGCAGGAGAAGAUCUACACCUACGUGGGCAGCAUCCUCAUCGUCAUCAACCCCUUCAAGUUCCUGCCCAUCUACAACCCCAAGUAUGUCAAGAUGUACGACAACCACCAGCUGGGUAAGCUGGAGCCUCACAUCUACGCCGUGGCUGAUGUGGCCUACCACGCCAUGCUGCAGCAGAGGAAUAACCAGUGCAUUGUCAUCUCUGGGGAGAGUGGCUCCGGCAAGACGCAGAGCACCAACUUCCUCAUCCACCACCUCACCGCCUUAAGCCAGAAGGGAUUCGCCAGUGGGGUGGAGCAGAUCAUUCUGGGGGCUGGGCCUGUCCUGGAGGCAUUUGGAAACGCAAAGACGGCUCACAAUAACAACUCCAGCAGGUUUGGCAAGUUCAUUCAAGUGAAUUACCAUGAGACCGGCACAGUCAGGGGAGCUUACGUAGAGAAAUAUUUGCUGGAAAAAUCAAGACUGGUCUAUCAGGAGCACAAUGAACGGAACUACCAUGUCUUUUACUACCUGCUGGCAGGAGCGAGUGAAGAGGAGAGGACGGCGUUCCACCUUAAACAGCCUGAGGAGUACCAUUAUCUCAAUCAGAUGACAAAGAAACCCCUUCGACUGCACUGGGAAAAUUACUAUGAAUCCGAGCUGCAGGACUGUUUCACGGUGGAGGGGGAGGAUCUGAAGCACGACUUUGAGCGAUUGCAGCUGGCCAUGGAGAUGGUGGGGUUCCUGCCUGCAACUCGUAAACAGAUCUUCUCCUUGUUGUCUGCAAUCCUGCACUUAGGGAAUAUCCGUUACAAGAAGAAAACCUAUCGGGAUGACUCCAUUGAUAUCUGUAACCCUGAGGCACUGCCAGUCGUGUCGAAGUUGCUAGAGGUGAAGGAAGAGAUGCUGUUUGACGCUCUCACUACCAGGAAGACGAUGACAGUGGGGGAGAGGCUCAUCGUGCCCUAUAGGCUUUCUGAGGCUGUGACAGUACGGGACUCCAUGGCAAAGUCCCUGUACAGUGCGCUGUUUGACUGGAUUGUGUUCAGAAUCAACCAUGCGCUUCUCAAUACCCGGGACCUGGAGGAGAACACGAAGAUCCUGUCGAUCGGAGUUCUUGACAUCUUUGGAUUUGAAGACUACGAGAACAACAGCUUUGAACAGUUUUGCAUUAACUUUGCCAACGAGCGCCUACAGCACUACUUUAACCAGCACAUCUUCAAUCUAGAGCAGGAAGAGUAUCGCUCUGAAGGUAUCAGCUGGCGCAAUAUUGACUACAUUGACAACACUGGCUGCAUCAACCUCAUCAGUAAGAAGCCAACUGCAUUGUUCCACCUGCUGGACGAAGAGUGCAAUUUCCCACAAGCAUCGAACCAGACCCUCUUGGACAAGUUCAAGCGGCAGCAUGAGGGAAACAGUUACAUCGAGUUCCCUGCUGUUAUGGAGCCAGCGUUUAUCAUCAGGCACUAUGCUGGCAAGGUCAAAUACGGAGUGAAGGAUUUCAGGGAGAAGAACACAGAUCACAUGAGGCCUGACAUCAUUGCCCUUCUGAAAAGCAGCAAGAACUCCUUCAUCUGUGGCCUGAUCGGGAUUGACCCUGUGGCUACCUUCCGCUGGGCUGUGCUGCGGUCCUAUUUCAGAGCAGUGGUGGGCUUCAGGGAGGCGGGCAAGCGAUACGCUGAGAAGAAAACGGGGCAUGAUGAUGCAGUACCGUGUGCGGUUUUGAAAAGUGUGGAUAGUUUUAGCUUUCUGCAUCACCCAGUCCAUCAGAGAAGCUUAGAGAUUCUGCAGAGAUGCAAGGAGGAGAAGUACAGUAUAACACGGAAAAGUCCCAGAACACCUCUGUCAGACUUGCAGGGUGCUAAUACCAUCAAUGAGAAGACACAGCGGGACUCCUUGAGCCUGGGCUGGAACGGGCGCAGCGUUAGGCAGGGCAGGCUGUCCUCCUCCGGGUCCUUGCUGGAAGAGGACGGCAUCUUCAUGAACUCCACCAGCAGCAAGCUGCUGGAACGGGCGCACGGUAUCCUCAUGCGGAACAAACACUUCAAGUUAAAGCCAAGCCUUCCAAAGCACUUGCUGGAUGUGAAAUCCCUGAAGUAUCUCACAAGCCUGACACUCCAAGACCGCAUCACUAAAUCUCUGCUCCACUUGCACAAGAAGAAGAAAACGCCCAGUAUAAGCGCUCAGUUUCAGGCUUCCCUGAACAAGUUGAUGGAAACACUGGGACAGGCGGAGCCCUACUUUGUCAAGUGCAUCCGCUCGAACGCAGAAAAGCUCCCCCUGCGUUUCAGCGACACCUUGGUGCUGAGACAGCUGCGUUACACAGGCAUGCUGGAGACUGUCAGGAUACGACAGUCAGGGUACAGCAUCAAGUACACCUUCCAGGAUUUUGUUGACCAUUUCCAUGUCCUGUUACCUGAUGGCACUGGCGCUUCUCAACACAGCAUUCGAGAAUACCUGAGCCAGGUGGACCUCAACCCAGACAGCUUCCAAGUGGGGAACACCAUGGUGUUCAUGAGGGAGGUGGAGAGGCAGAGACUGCAGGACCUGCUGCACCAGGAGGUGCUGAGACGCAUCAUUGUCCUGCAGCGCUGGUUCAGAACCCUGCUGGAGAGGAAGCACUUUCUCAGCAUGAAGCAGGCUGCUACUGCUAUACAGCGAUGGUGGCGGAGCUACCGAAUGAAGCAGGCAAGAGCAGAAGCUGAAGCUGACCCCGUCCUCCUCCACGGAGCUGCCACCAGUAUCCAGUCCUCGUGGCGAGGAUACAGGGAGCGGAGGAGGGUCCUGCAGAUGCAGAAAGCUGCCUUCAUCAUACAGAGGAGCUGGCGGGAGCACUGCUACCAGAGAGGGGAGGCUGCAGUUUGCAUUCAGGCAGCGUGGCGCGGGUGCAGAGAGAGGAGAGUUUACAGAACACAGAGGCGCAGGAUUAUACUGCUACAGGCAGCUUGCAGGGGAUACCUGGCGCGGCAGAGGUUUAGAGACCUGAAAGAGCAGAAGGUGACAGAAAGGCAGCUGGAAAAUGGACAGACGAGUCCAACUGAGGAGGACGAAGAGACAUUUGGGAACAAGGACAUCCCGGAGAUUAUGGGAGUGGAUCCCACCAAGUGGGAAGACUGCUCCUAUAAAGAUCGAGAAACCUUUCUGAGCAGACUGAGCUCAACGCAGGAAUGUAACCAAGAAGAAAUGUCGAGAGACUCUCGCUCAGACUCUCUGGACAGGACAGUAGAUGAUGAUAAAGGUGGUGAGGGUUACACAGGGGUCGUGCAGGAAGUGGUGGUUAGAGAGAGGCCAAAAUCUCUGGAUGACCCAAAGCAGAAGAAAGUGGUCCGGGCGAAAAGAGAGAGUCGUAGAAUGAGGGAGCUGGAGCAGGCCAAGUUCAGCCUGGAGUUGCUGAAGGUCAGGUCUACCGGUGGGGUGUCUCCAUCUGAGGAGAGAAGGUGGUCCACCGAACUAAUCUCCCCGCAAGGCACUCCAGACAGCGAGAGUUCACGGGGUAGCUUUGAGCUUUUAAGCAUUGAUGACUAUCCAAAAGUCAAGCCUGCUUCUGCAGAAUCGGAAGAGUCUGGCUCUCCGUCCGGCUUGCUGGAACAUCAGGAUAUUUUAUCCAGCAGCCCUGCAUUGCCUGAUAGUCUUCAGACAGAGUCUGAGAUACUCGAUUCUGAGCCUCUGUCCACCAGCCCCUCCGGUUUGACCCCAAUCCCUAAGAUCGAGAACAGCCUGCCCAUUUUCUACGUCCCGCAUUCCAAGAGCUCCACUGUUGCCCACAGGACCAGUGAGGAUUCUACUGCAGCUAGCAAACCAGCUAAAGAACGGAGAGAUUCAGUCCGGAAGCCAGUGGUGGUUGUGAUCAGUAUGCAGAAAGACACAGUGCUGGAUGACAUAAGUCUAGUACAACAACCUCCCCAGAUGCGGGACAGCGAGUCUCAAACGAUAGACCUCCCUGCAAUGCCCAGGGAAGUAGGUAGCAGCAGCAGCGUCCCGGGAGGGGUUAACUCAGCGGUCCUGGAGAAACUGGAGAAGCUGAACGUGGAGAAGGCUGAACGACAGAAGCAGCAGCAGCAGCAGAACGAGAAGGAAAUGAUGGACCAGAUCCGGCAGCAGAAAGAGAUCCUGGGGAAUCAGCGUAAGGUCUUCGAGCAGAACGAGAGGGACAUGUUCGAGAAGCAGCGCGGAGAGGCCCUGCAGAAGAUCGAGCAAAGCCGGCGGAGUGGGCCGACGCAGCCCAUAGCCACGAGCUCCAAGUCUGUGGAAAGACCGCAGUCCCUCCUGAUCACUCAGGGGCCAUGGGAGCCCGGCACACCCCGGGGUGUGUCCCCGUCCGCAGUGGACAUCCAGAUCAUCCCAACAACAGACACUGGAGAUAAAGAGUCCCUCCGCCUUCCGGCUAAAGAGCGUCCGAUCAGCAUGUUUCUGGAGCGCAGGGAUGGGCUGAGGAGAGCUCCACAGGACCUUGACAAGAUGGACAGAUGGACCCCCAAACUAAAUUUGGAGACACGGGAUGGUGCUGCCAGGAACGAGCGUAUUAGGCAACCCAAAGUUCCAAGUCCGAGCAGAGACAGCACAGCAACUGACAGGCCCACACCGAUAUUCUUCUUGCCAAAGGACAAUAGAGUUGCGUUCACCAAGUUUGAAAAGGAGUCUGCCACUCAGGAGAAGGAUUCUGUCCGUCGGAAAGAGGGGCCUGCGAGUACGAAGCUUGUAAAAGUCACUGGACACAAGGGGCGCGAGGUUGCGAGACCAGCCCAUAAAAAGAAAGCCCGCAUGGCGCGGACUCGCUCUGAUUUCCUGACCCGAGGUACAAACCCAGAGGGGGAGGGGGAAUCGGAGGAGGAUGAGUAUGAUGACACCCCCAUCUCGCCCCCUCUCUCCCCCAGCCUGCCCCGCCCCCAGCCGGAGCCUCUGGUUCGCAGCGGGCAGGCUUGUCACAGUGACUCAGAAAUGCCAGCCUCACAGACCGAAGACCAGAAUAUGAUUCAUAAAACGAUGUCUUCCGGGGAUCUUGGCAAGAUGGACAGCAUGAGGAAGAACGCCCAUACCGAUGGAAGAGUGAGAGGGAAGAUGCGGUUCUGGGGCAAGACGAAGCAGGGUGAUAAGAAGCUGUCGCGAGAGAAGCUGGCCUCCCAGGCAGAGCAGCAGGAGCUGCAAAGGGAGCAGGAGGGCCUGGACACGGGGCUGCACAUGGGUGACGGUCCGGAGCGGCAAAUGACGCCCCCGCACAGCCCAGACUUGGCCGCGGAGCGAGGGAAGGAGUUCAAGGAGAACAAGGAGCCCUCGCCCAAGGUGAGGCGGCGGAAGAGCAUCAAGAUCAGCAGCGUGGCUCUGGAGCAGGCCCAGUGGCAGAACGACUCCUUACAGAUCCUCACCAGCGCCGGCGACUACAAGUGUAUGAACGAGUUCCUGCAGAAGAAGAUCACUGACCUUGACACAGAAGACAGUAAGAAGGACACCCUGGUGGAUGUUGUCUUUAAAAAGGCUCUCAAAGAGUUCCGCCUCAAUAUCUUCAACUCCUAUUCCACAGCUCUUGCGAUGGAUGAUGGGAAGAGUAUCCGGUACAAGGACCUGUACGCCCUGUUUGAGCAGAUCCUGGAGAAGACGAUGAGGCAGGAGCAGAGGGACUGGAGCGAGUCGCCCGUCAAGGUCUGGGUAAACACCUUCAAGGUGUUUCUGGACGAGUUUAUGACCGAAUACAAAACCCUGGACAGCACAGUAGGAAAGGCACCAAAACCAGAACGCAAGAAGAGAAGGAAAAAAGACUCAGACAUUGUGGAGGAGCACAAUGGUCACAUCUUCAAGUCCACCCAGUAUAGCAUCCCCACCUACUGCGAGUACUGCUCGUCCCUCAUAUGGAUGAUGGACAAAGCUUGCGUCUGCAAGUUGUGCAGGUUUGCCUGUCAUAGAAAGUGCUGUUUGAAAACGACAACGAGGUGCAGUAAAAAGUACGACCCCGAGCUCUCCUCCAGGCAGUUUGGGGUGGAGGUCUCCCGCUUGACCAAUGACGAGCGGACGGUUCCCUUGGUGGUGGAGAAACUCAUCAACUACAUCGAGAUGCAUGGGCUGUACACAGAGGGCAUCUACAGGAAGUCAGGGUCCACCAACAAGAUCAAGGAACUCAAGCUGGGACUGGACACGGAUGUCAACAGCAUGAAUCUGGACGACUACAACAUCCACGUCAUCGCCAGUGUGUUCAAACAGUGGCUGAGGGACUUGCCAAAUCCGGUCAUGACCUUUGAGCUUUAUGAAGAGUUCCUUCGAGCAAUGGGUCUGCAAGAAAAGAAAGAGAUUAUUCGAGGGGUGUACUCUGUGAUCGAUCAGCUCCCCCGAACUCAUCUCAACACACUGGAGCGCCUCAUCUUCCAUCUUGUGAGAAUCGCGUUGCAGGAGGACACCAAUCGGAUGUCUUCCAACGCGCUCGCCAUCGUGUUUGCUCCUUGCAUCCUUCGCUGUCCCGACACCAUUGAUCCUCUGCAGAGCGUUCAGGACAUUGGAAAAACAACUGCCUGUGUGGAGCUGAUAUGUGUUGAACAGAUGAACAAGUACAUAGCCAGACUAAAGGACAUCAACAGCUUGGAAUUUGCAGAGAACAAGGCCAAGAGCAGGCUGACUCUUGUACGGCGAUCAAUGAAACCCGUACUAAUUGCUGUUAGAUUUAUGAGCAUAACCCGCAGUGCGAUCCCGCCAAACAACACUAGAAAGGGCAAGGGCCGGCUGCGCAGGUCCAGUUAUCACACCCCCUCGUCCCCGGUGGGGACCCGACUGCCCUCGGUGUCGGACGUGCCGGAGGAGAGCGCUGGCGAGGAGGCCGGUGUGGAGGUGGAGCUCUCGGAGCAGCAGCAGGUGGCCAUGCAGCAGGAAGAGCGCGUCCUGACCGAGCAGAUUGAGAGCCUGCAGAAAGAGAAGGAGGAGCUGACGUUUGAGAUGCUGGCUCUGGAGCCCCGUGCCUCUGAUGACGAGACACUGGAGUCAGAGGCCUCAAUCGGGACGGCAGACAGCUCGGAGAACCUCAACAUGGAUUCAGAGGGAGCCGCGUCGGACAUGUCAGAGAGAAGCUCAGUGUGGGCCGCUGCCCGGCACAAGCAGCCUGAAUCCUCUCGGAAGACGCGCAGGCAGUUGCGGAAGCAGACCGACUCGAUGGACUCCGUGGACUCAACCUCCACAGUCUCCUCCGUCUCCUCCACCUCCCACAUGCACCAGGGAAUGGGCCAGCGCUUCCGCUUCCGAUCCAAAUCCCCGUCAACUGCCUUCUACCGGGCCAGCCCUCCCAGAGACACGACAGAGCCACGCCCAGAACAGGGUGCGGAUGAGCGGCCGCAGUUCACCAGCCGGGGGACCUUCAGCCCCGAGAAGGGAAAGCAGAAGCUGAAGACCAUUAAGAACUCCCCGCAGAAGCCCCGGGAGCCCCCCGAUUCAGCAGGAGGGAGGAAGAGGAACCCCGAACCAGACUUCGGCUCCCCGCAGCAGCUGGUGGUGUACGGGAGCAACGAGUUCAUGGUGUGAGGCCACAGGACAGUGGAGGGAGCUGAUAUUCGGAACUUGAGCGGGGAUCCACCUCUUAUCCUUUCACACGCUGCUUACUUGUCCAAAUCAGCAAUGUGCAAAAUCAUCCAUCUUACCUGCAGCCCAAGAGUGCUAUCCACUGUCAAGUAGGAUGCUGAAGGGGAGAGAAUGGGGUGGACGUGUUCACAGAACUCAGUGGAGAAAGGCUUAUGUUGCUGUGGCCUUAACUGCGAUAUUUUUAUUUAUUUUUUAUUUUUUUUAACUUCAAAGCCUAUGAGGUGCUCUAUGAAAUGAAAUGUCAAGCGAGUGGAAAG